UUCACGACUUCUUGGUUAUCUGGACGAAUCAAAUAUCGAUAGAUUCCCGUCCUUGAAACGAGAAGUCUUUAUUUCUAAAUAGCAUUUCUAGGUGAAAAUAAACCAAGCGAAUCAACUCCACCAUAGGCGGUGACUCAGAACCUCAGCAGGCCUAGGCCUACAACAACACAACAGGCUCGCUUUUAGCAAUUCGAUCUCGAUAACCUGCCAUUGGAUUCAUUGUCGUCACGGAAACAUGAAAGACUCUGAAAAUCCUCAUUCAUUUCAGAUCACAAUGCAAGUGAGUCGACUUCAGUUUUACCUCGGGACUCUCAUUUUGGGCUUGAGCCUUUUUGCUCCCGAAACGGAAGCAAUUGCGGCAGAGGUCACAGAAAUCAUCGGAGUGGUUCGUUUGGGCGUGAGUGUGGUGGAAUAUAUGUAUAACGUCUUUGCUCAGAUCGCCAAAGACCCCAAUGUUCAAGACAUCGACAUUUUGGGAAAGGGGAAACGGGAUUUGGACAAAGAGCUCUUGGACGAGUAUUAUCUGAUAUCAAUUGCUUUGGAUCGUUUGGCUGAGAGCAAUAUUGGGGUGGAAACCACCAUUCGGCAAUUGCAACAUAACCUCCCUCAAAUCAUAAGACGAGAGUUUAAACUGGAUCGGAUAGACAGCAUUGUGCGAGCUCUUUCCUCCAGUUACAAAACCUUCGAAUACUAUCAAGAAUAUGCCGAUCAGAUCAACAGUCUCACACUCCAGGAUUUUGCCACCAGUGCCACCAGCCAUGGCCUCGGAUCCAUCCGCUUCCAUCUCAACGAGCUCCACUCCUUGGUGGUUCCCAAGGGUGGGAUUUUGGGAGAUGUGGGCAUUUUCGAUCUUCUUUCCAACGGAGUUGAGGGUCAUCAAUACAUUUGUUUCCAUGGAACAGUCGCCUCACCAGCUGAUCUACAAUUUAUCACAAGUUAUUGCACUGGCAGAAAUCAAAGGCUAUGCCAUGAUCCAAAUUCAGCUAUAUGACCUGGGG